AUGGCCACUGCUGCUGCUCCAACUCCGGCCUCCUCGUCCCCCUCAGCCCCUCAAUCUGCUGCUGGUGCUUCCACAGAGACUGCUCAAGUAGCUGCUCCUGCUACUAGUACUACUACUUCAACAACUUCUACUGCUACUGCUCCAGCUGCUUCUGCAGCCGCUACUAGUACCUCGUCUACUUCGGCUGGUUUGGGCCCUUCAGCCUCUUUGUAUGUCGGCGAUCUUGACCCUACAAUCACUGAAGCCAUGUUGUUUGAGAUCUUCAACAACAUUGGAGCCGUCCAGUCCAUCCGUGUCUGUAAGGAUGCUGCUACUCGUCGAUCAUUGGGUUAUGCCUACGUCAACUUCCACAACGUUGCCGAUGGUGAAAAGGCUCUUGAAGCUUUGAACUAUUACAGCGUAAAAGGUCGUCCAAUCCGUAUCAUGUGGUCUCAACGUGAUCCUUCUCUCCGUCGCUCUGGAACUGGUAAUAUAUUCAUCAAAAACCUAGACACUGAAAUCGACAACAAGGCUCUCCACGAUACUUUCUCGGCUUUUGGUCAUAUCUUGUCUUGUAAAGUAGCUCAGGAUGAACAAGGUGCUAGUAGAGGUUAUGGGUUUGUACACUACGAAACCUAUGAUGCUGCUGAUGCUGCUAUCAAGGCCGUAAAUGGUAUGCUCUUGAACGACAAGAAGGUCUAUGUAGGAUUCCAUGUCCCCAAAAAGGAACGCUUGAUGAAGGCUGAAGACCAAAAGGCUAAAUUCACAAACGUCUACAUCAAGAAUCUCGACGAAGCUGUCACUGAAGAUGAAUUACGAAAAAUGUUUGAAGAGUAUGGUGAAAUAACCUCUCUCCUCAUUCAACGUAACGACGAUGGCACUUCUCGUGGAUUUGCCUUUAUCAACUAUGGCACUCCCGAAGAAGCCAACUUGGCUGUGGAUGGUAUGAACGAUAAGGACAUCAAUGGUAAAACCUUAUAUGUAGGUCGUGCUCAAAAGAAGGCUGAACGUGAAGAAGAAUUACGUCGCCAAUAUGAACGUGCCCGUGAAGAGAAACUCAACAAGUAUCAAGGUGUCAACUUGUACAUUAAGAACUUGGAUGAAUCUAUCGAUGAUGAAAAACUCCGAGCAGAGUUUGGUGUGUAUGGUACAAUCACUUCUGCCAAGGUUAUGCGUGAAGAGAAGCCAGCUAUAGGUGAUAUGCCUGCUACUUCUGUCUCGAAAGGCUUUGGAUUCGUCUGUUUCUCAUCUCCUGAUGAAGCUACAAAAGCCGUCACGGAAAUGAACAACAAACUCGUAAAUGGUAAACCGAUAUAUGUUGCUUUGGCUCAACGAAAGGAAUUACGUCGUCAGCAAUUGGCACAGCAAAUGCAACAACGCCAGCAAUUGAGACCACCUAUGGGUCCUGGAAUGGCUGGAAUGCCUACUGGUUAUCCAGGUCAACCAAUGUAUUAUCAACCACAACCUGGUAUGCCUCAACCUCGUGGCGGUAUGUUCUUCCCUCCACCUCAACAAAUGAUGCAACGUCCUCGUUAUGGUGGUAUGCCUCAACAGAUGAAUGGUCCUCAAAUGGGUCCUGGAGGUUACCCUAUGGGUCCUGGUAUGCCACAGUAUGGUGCUCCAAUGCCUGGUAUGCCCAUGCCUCAAUUUGCUGGUCAACCACCACAGCAACGACCUGGUCCUGGUGGUCCAAUGUCUUCUGCUCAGCUCCAAGCUCAGCAACAAGCCAUGGCUUCCCAAGCUGCUCAAGCUGCUCAACAGCGUCCAGGAGGUCCUCGUCCUCCAAUGCCCCAAGUUGACUCAAAAGUAAUCUCGUCAUUAGGUCCAGGUGUACCUCGUCCAAUGGGUCCUGGUGUACCUCCUCAAAUGGGUGGCCCUCGUCCUGGAAUGCCAAUGCAAGGUCAACCAGGUGUUGUUCCUCCAUCAGCUGGAAGAGGCCGUGGUACUCCAUACAAGUACACCAGCAAUGCUCGCAAUGCGCCAAUGCCUGGUGCUCCCAUGGGAAUGGUUGGCUAUCCAGCAGGUCCUCGUUUGAACGCAGCUACCUUGGCAUCUCUCCCUGCCGACGCUCAAAAGCGUAUGCUUGGAGAAGCCUUGUUCCCUCUCGUUCAAAAUCAAACUCCUGCUGCAGCUGGAAAAGUCACUGGUAUGCUUUUGGAAAUGGAUAACGGAGAAUUGUUGCACUUGUUGGAAGAUCAAGAAUCAUUGACUUUGAAAGUGAAGGAGGCUGUUGGUGUGUUGGAUGAACAUAUGAAGGGAGGUCCUGGUGCUCGUAUGCCAAUGCCCGACCAAGUGGUCCCUGACCAAGAAUAA